AUGGCCGCUCAGUCAUCCUCAACUCCACAGAUUGAGAUGGAACCACUGCCACUGAUCAAUGCGGACGUCUCAACGGUCGGUUUCUCCAAGAUUAUCGAUGCCUUGAUGAUCAAAGUGCCCACCGAGCCAAAGGGGGGCUCUGCUAAAGGUUAUAGCAUCCGUUCAAUGACAACCUGGGAAGGGGUGCAAGAGGUCAUGGACCGGGCAGCGGCAGAGUAUGCCUCCAAGUCAGGCGCCAAGGGAAAAGCCAGGGUAGUGGGCAAUUUUAUUGGAAACAAGGGGGGCUCUGCCAAACGGAUUACUGGUGUGAUUCCAGAUUUUGGAUAUACCAAACCUAUUAUUGGGACUCUGAACUUUUUGCUGGAUGCAUUUCAAAAAGCUGACAAGGUUCGUACCGAUGUCAAGGACGGUGUCGAAAAGCUCAAGGAUAAUUUUGACCUUGUUCAAGUUUACCUUGAGCUUUAUGCUGCCAAGCCAAAGGUCGCUGCAGCGGCCUUGGAGCUCUAUGUCACAAUCCUCAUUGCUGUUGAAGAGGUGAUCAACUACUAUACAAAACAUAUAGCUAUCAAGGGGUUGAAAGCAUUAUGGGAAGGCGACAAAUAUGAAGACAAGCUACUCACAUGCUUGAAGAAAAUUGGUGAUGAUGGACAGAAACUCAUCCUCCAGGCCGAUACAGCACAGAAGCAAGAAAUGCAAAAUGGAUUUUCCAGUCUUGCAGCGAAACUCGACAAUCAAGCAGAUGUCCUGAAAGAUAUGGCACAGAAAGUGAUGAACAACCUUCUCCCCUUGCUUGAGCAGUACAAUCAAAAACUCGACAUCACAAACAAGGAGUAUCAAUUCGCACGUCGACAGGCAGAAAUAGCAUAUGCCGAGAAUAUAAUACUCAGAGGCCAUCUUGAACGAGCCACCACGCCGGAAAUCUGGCCGACAACAACACGCGAAUUCUUGUUGGAAUUCUUGGAUUCGUCCGAUAUCGAAGAGGCUGAUAUCGGAUACAUUACAAAACAGCAGAUAUCCCACGGAGCGCCGGGGAGAAACCGCACCGACCAGAUCAUGAAGUCCCAUGAAUUUGUUCAGUGGAUUACCGAGCCGACGUCAAAGGAGCUCCUCGUCCAUGGGAAUUCUGCCACGACUCCCAUUUCUCCUUUAUCAUUUUUCUGUGCCCUGCUCACCCAAAACCUACGGCGGGUUGAGAAAUUUGUAUCACUGGCAUUCUUCUGUGGUUGCCACCCUUACGAGGACCAAGGCGGGUCGAGAACCUUGAUCAUAAGUUUGCUGGCUCAGUUGUUGCGGCAGGAAAUUCACUUUGAUUUCAGAUUUCUUACCUACGAGUUGGCCGAGCUGAUGGAGAAUGGUAAUGUACAAGCGUAUUGCUCAGUGUUUGAUGAGCUGGUGCAGCAGGUGUCGCAGGAUGAAACCUUGUUCUGCAUCAUCGAUGGUGCCAAUUUCUACGAGCGGAACGAAGAAAUGCGACACGAAUCCGCAGAGGUCCUUUGCUUCUUACUCGAUCUCACCAAGUCACAGACCAAAUUCAAGAUUCUGUUGACGAGUCCCUCCAUCACCAUUGAGAUCCGAGAAGCCAUUCACGAUGAAGACUACCUGAGCCUUCCCGAACAGGGGAAAAGCACAGCUGAUUACAGCCUCUUGAGGUUUGAGAGGGAAUGGGACGAGAGCAUCAACGGAUGA